UCGGGCCUCGUCACGCUUCGGUCGAACAGGGAGGCCAAGAGGACGGCCUCCCUUUAUGUGGCUUCCGUCGCGCUUCCAGAAGGAGAAGAAGAAGAAGAAAUCCCACCCCCUUCGGUUGCCCACAAAAAAAUCUUCUGGCGAUCUUUCCGGAUUCCCGACGCUUUGUCUCCUCUCGAUUCGAUCCCAUCCCUAGAAAUCUCAAACCCGUUCUUGUUCACGAAAUCUAGCGAUCAUUUGGCCUUAAUCGGUCCUUUCACCCGCGGAAACCCUACAAGAUCCGACCUUUCCCCGAAUUCCGCACGUUGGGUCGUCUCUUGAUUCGUUCUGGAUAUUUGGGAAGCGUAGCCCCGAUUUAUCUCCCAGUCGUGCUAGAAUUCUCCCCAAAAAUCUCAAUUUUUUGCUUUCACGAAAAGUAGCGAUCAUUUGGCGUUAAUCAGAACCUGUUCUUGAUCCCCAGAGACCAUAAAGAUCCGACCUUUCCCCAAAUUUCGAGUCUCAGAGUAUCUCCUGAUCGACUCUCUUCAUCUCAUUCGAUGCUCGAAGUGGAACCCUAAUUUGCCAUGGGUAUUCUUGAGACGAUGGUAUUUUGGGAAGGGUAUGUGACCGAUGAGGUGAUGGGUACCUUCGCCCCUAUCGUCCUUUACUGGCUCUACGCUGGAUUCUACCAGCUCUUGCCACGGUUGGACCGCUACCGAUUGCAUACCAAGAAAGAAGAGGAGCAGAAGAACCUGGUGACGCUGGCGACUGUGGUGAAGGGUGUGCUGUUGCAGCAGGUCGUUCAAGCAACCAUCGCUCAAGUACUCUUCUUGGUAACUGCCAAGGCAAGCUUAUCAGGGGUCCCUGUUCAGCCAUCAAUUCCAGUUCAAAUCUUGCAGAUCUUUGUGGCAAUGUUAGCAUUGGACACAUGGCAGUAUUUCAUGCACCGAUACAUGCACCAGAAUAAGUUUCUGUACCGCCAUAUUCAUUCUCAGCAUCACCGCCUCAUUGUUCCUUACGCGGUUGGAGCCCUCUACAACCAUCCAUUGGAGGGUUUCCUUCUCGACACUCUUGGUGGUGCCAUCUCGUUCCUGAUCUCAGGGAUGACACCACGCACUUCGGUGUUCUUUUUCUGCUUUGCUGUGAUGAAGACGAUCGAUGAUCACUGUGGCCUUUGGUUGCCCGGUAAUAUCUUCCACAUCUUCUUUCAGAACAACACAGCCUAUCAUGACAUCCACCAUCAGCUUCAAGGAUCGAAAUAUAAUUACUCGCAGCCGUUCUUCUCGAUUUGGGACCGAGUGUUGGGAACUCACAUGCCCUACAGCUUAGUCACUCGCCGAGAAGGUGGCUUGGAGGCGAGACCUUUAAAAGACUAGAAUCGAGCAACAUACAGAUUUCCGAGUCUUGAGGAUAUAUCGCUGCACCACUGCAACAUCUAAAGGAAAAAAUAUUCUGCAUUCAUUGCACUUAAAGCUGUUUUAUCUAGGAGAUUAAUUUUCAACCGCGGAAGAUUGCUGGUUCCUUUGUAUUUGUUGUGGUUAGCAAUUGCCUCCUGCCAUCUCUCUGUGGAAAAUGCAUCUCACAGUUUGAACAGCUCUAGAUCUUUCUUGUUAUGUAAAGUUUGUGCUGCACAAAUUUUCUGCAAAUUAUGUACUACUGUAGUUCAUCCUGUUUCGGAAUUUGUUCUUACAAUAUGUGGAAGUAUAUGCUGGCUGCAGUUAUUCUA